GACAUCAUCGACGAUCUGUCAGACAUCGAUAAAAAUUCUUAUGCAAAAGUGGUUGACCACCUUCGCACGCAUUUUGAGUCGCCCCAAUUUCGAAGUUUGGCCAGGCAACAACUCUCCGAUUGUAAGCAGGGGCCGACUGAAAGUGCCCGUGAGUUUGCUGACCGAAUAAAGCAGAUCGUUAAGAAGGUAACUCGAGGUCAGCCUAAGCAGGCACAGAAUGAGCGCCUACUGGAUGAAUUCCAGGAUAGAUUAAAACCCGCGCUAAGAUUCCAUGUAAAAGCCGCGAAUCCCCUUACUUUUGAGGAAGCCGUGGUUAAAGCCACUACGUAUGAGUCCCUUCUAAAUGAUGUGGCAAGUGCCAUUACCAUUUUUCCUGGCACCCAGCCUACCGCUCCUCCACCUGUUCGUGUGGUAGCCGCACGAAAUACCUCCGCUCCACUCGGACCGGACCAAUACCGACAGAGAUUUCCAAGACAACAACGUAGGAAAAGUCGAACUUAUUAUCCUAGCAAUAAUAGAUCGAGACGAUUCUGGGAAAGAGCACCUAAUGCAGAUAUAAUCUGCUACCGUUGUGGGAGAAAAGCUUGCCGCCAGCCGGCUUACAGCCACCCCAAUUACCGGCGCCACGCAACGGAAAUCCACCUCAAAACUUUUCCCGGGUUUCCCGUAAUGCGAAUCAAGGUGACGAUGUCCCCCACACCGUUUCGAGUCGAUCCAUAUAUGCGGGACCAGGGAGGCGAAAUGAAGUUCUCACAGCAGGACACCUCGAAUGACGGGAUCCAGAGUACUGAUACGGUUUCCGAAGAGGACAAGGAUGCCCGCAUAGCGGCGCUCAUUGAAAGAAAUAAUGCGUUAGCGGACCUAGUGUUCGCAACCCAGAACACAACGAUUUCAGAUGAACCUGAUGGCGAACCAGGUAAUAGACCCACAACGUCCAGCAAAACACCUGCAUGGGCAUACAUGCCUCCUCAUUGCCUCCAGCCUUACCUAUGCUCCAAUAGGUCCCCUCUCAGUUAUUGGAAAAUACCUGAGCAAAUUAAUUGCUCUAGAAUUUUGCCGCCGUGGUCUUCCACCCCACAGUUUUUGUCGCUCAAUGUGUACCGACCUAACACAAUUCGUUACCAGAGUAUGGCCCAUGUGUGCCGAAUCAUUUCACAAACUGUAGUGUACUCCGUAAACUUUUUUGGUGCGCGGUCACAAAGUGUCUCCACACAUGAGAAUGCUGUACCUGUAGGAGUCUGUCAGCAUAUGGUACGUCAUAAAUCGUGUGCCAAUGGCGAGCUGCUUAGCCGUAGGCACGGUCUGGAAAACAUUAAUCGUAUUCAAUUUGAAUGGCCAUCCGCGCCUUCCAUUGCUGUUCCGACAACACGGUUACGGUUACCAAUUGGCUACGGUAUCGAAAUUUUGCAUGCCAAGGGUCGUUCAAAAAGGGAAAUCCUAAAUCCUACCUCGCAACAAGUGGGACUGGCCACUACCAACCAAUUAGCGGCACAACUUUUAGCGGUCGAAGGAUGGCCUACAGCACUCGCUCAAUGCCUCUUUCCAUCAUUCUAUUCUUCACCUCUGCAGAUCGGUGAAUUCAUUGAGUCACACAAAUGCCCUCACAUCAGGAUCGAAUUUUCCUACCCAUCCCACAUUAACGAUGCGCGAAGAUUCUGGCAGCGCUGUUCUGAUAUAGCGGCAACCUCGUUUGUGGAACCGAAAACAUCAGUGCGCGUCAUAUACGAAAAGUCAUCUUGGCACUCGUGCCGCCAAUUGCCGGAGACUAGCGCUUCUCUCUAUACCAGCUGUUGCCAUUCAAUUCCUCAUGUUUCUCGUUUCCAGCCGUACGGGUUUCUCUUCCCAACGGGUCCUAUUGGAAGACGUUCAUUAAUCCCGUUACAAGCAUUUUAUCCAAUAAUGGCUUCUCACUAUAGAGUA